AAAAAAAAACGUCACAAGAAAACCUACUUACUAUCAGCAGCAGGAGGAGUGCAGCAGUCUGUUGCCUGUUAUCAGUGAAGGGAAAAAAUUCAAUUGAAGCGUAAACAACUCCUAUAUGAUGUCCGACGCCAUCUGACAGUGUCCACCAAGCAGCCAGCAGCCCAGCUAUAGUCGCAUAAUCCAGUGACCAUAUAGCCCAUAGCCCCAGAAGUCGCAGAGUACAGAGCCAGUUAGAGCUGUACAGUAGAGCCACGUUAAGUUGAAAAUUCGUGUGAAGAACGUAUCGCAUAUUGAUCAAUAAAUGGAGAAAUCUGAAAUACGACUGCAGCGCAUGUCAAAUGAAUAUCAGUCGCAAUCGAGCUAUAUGUAUUUGCGGACCAAGAUGCUGUUAAAAAUCGAAAACACCCUACUUCGAAGCCAUCGUCAGCGUGAGACCACUGGAAUCAAGAAACUAUACAAUUCGUUUUUCGUAUUGUUUUAAUUUGCCCCCUUGGCCCCUCGUCGAAGAACCCCGUCGUCCCAAGGCCCCCCUCAAGAACACAAAACGCACAACGCAACAAUUCCAAUUCCAAAAUCACUCCAUCAAGUGAGCCAAUUUAGAGAAAAAAGU